GAGAACCUACUCCCUCAUCCACAACAGUGCGCCCUCCCGCUGCCGCCGCUUGUUUGCUUUGCCACUCUUUCCUGCGUGCACACUCCAGAGUCCAGACAACACUGGCGGCUCUCUCACCUGCUGCUGCCAAUAUCUCAAUGUCCACCAACCUGAAGAUUCACCGCACCAUCUCCCACUGGUACUAAGUAGUAUCCACCCCGUCUUCGUGUAGCGGUGCCUAUGCGAGAUUGUUUCGGAGCCACCAGAGCCGGGGACUUCUCGAGAUAAGCUGAUGUCGCGUGGGAGUGGGACUCGGGCAUCGUAAAACAGAGUUCUAGUGUCUCUGACCAACCAGCAAGUCCCCUUCUCAAGUUGGUUUUUUCACUCUGCCCUGGCAUGGGUAGGCCUAGAGGGAAGGCCAAGAAAUCGGCUGAGGAUGCAAGGGACGACGACGACGGUAGUGGCGGCGAGGAGGCCGCUCCGACCGACCACAAGAGGAGCGGCAGUCCUCUGAAGCCUCUGAGGGACGACGGAGGCGACGAAGAAGUGGAGGACAUCGCCAAGGUCGCGGAGGUUGCAGACAGCGUCAAACUGGUCGUGCCAACCGAGGGCGCCGACAGCACGGUUGAGGGUAAAGUUCCUGACGGAGCGAUGAAGAGGCCGCGGCGGCGCCGGCGGCGUCUGCAGGUGAAGCGAAGCUCCGAGUCGGUUGAGGACGUCGGCGAGAAAGACGGUGAUGACGUGAGGACGAAAUCCAACGGGUUCCGGCGAAACGGAAGCCGCCGGAAGAACUCUACUCCCCGGCGGGCAGCCGAGGCGGGAGUAGUGUCAGUGUGUGAUCGGUGGGUUUAGCAAAUGGGCAUUGAUAGGAUGUGCUACUGAUGCUGGUCUUUUACUUUUAUGUUACUAGUACUAGUACUCUACUAGCGGUACUUUGUUGCAUAGAUCGUCAAACGUACGUCUAGAAUCUAGAUGCUUCGUGUCUGUGAGCAUGAGCAUGUUUUUUUUAGAAAUUAUGAUGAGCAUAUGCCAUCAUGUCUAGUUGUAUGUUCUUCCACUCGUUUUGGAUAACAAGGUGGCUUGGCCGUAGUA